AUGUCGCCAAUUGCACCCUCAGUCGCAAAAGAUGCAGCCAAAGAGGCGCCAAUGCCGCAAAGAAAAACUGCGGCGGUGCGCUAUCCUUUCUGGUUCGGAGGAAGCGCAGCCUCGAUGGCUGCGAUAGUGACACAUCCUCUCGACCUGGUCAAAGUGCGCCUGCAGACCAGGCUGCCCGAGGCCCCCAAAACAACACUCAGCACUAUCACAUUCAUCUUGCGCCAUGAGGGCGUCCUCGGGAUUUACGCCGGCUUGUCCGCCGCCUUGCUGCGACAGAUGACCUAUUCUACCGUACGAUUCGGCGUGUAUGAGGACCUGAAGAUGCGCUUUGCGCCAAAACCGACCCUGGAGGACCCUACGCCGAGGCAGUCCCUCCUCGGUCUCAUCGCCAUGUCCAGUGUAGCCGGCUGCCUCGGCGGCGUAGCAGGAAACCCUGGUGACAUUUUGAACGUACGCAUGCAGUCCGAUGCUUCGAAACCGCCCGAGGCACGCCGGAACUACAAGCAUGCGCUUGAUGGUCUGGUACGCAUGAUCCGCGAGGAAGGGCCUGCAAGCCUCUUCCGCGGUGUGGAGGCAAACUCGGCGCGAGCAAUUCUCAUGAAUGCUUCGCAGCUGGCCAGUUACGACGCUUUCAAGCAGAUAUGUCUCCAGACACUGGGUAUGAAGGACAAUCUCGGGACGCACUUCACGGCCUCGCUUGCGGCUGGGCUUGUGGCCACCACGCUUUGCUCCCCGGUCGAUGUGAUCAAGACCCGAGUCAUGAGUGCGCACCCAAAAGUGUCCAUUCUGCAUCUCCUGAACGAGGCCAGUCACAAAGAGGGUCUGUUAUGGAUCUUCCGCGGGUGGGUGCCCAGUUUCAUGCGUCUCGGCCCUCAGACUAUCUUCACCAUGGUCUUUUUUGAACAGCACAAGCACUUGUACAGGAAGUGGAAGGGGAUUGAAGAGUGA